UGGAUGUCAAACUCUUCAGGUUGACACUAUUGACAGAUGUCUUGUAAUCAUCAGUCGUGUUGUGUUUGUGAGUGUUGAUGUUUCUGGAAAGUGCAGUCUUGUUUUGUGUUUGUAACGUAAUCUAGAGAAACGUAAAUUGACUUCGAACUAUAAUACAAAAAAUCUGCAAUGGCUCACUACAAAGGAGCAGCUUCUGAGGCUGGGAGGGCUAUGCACCUCAUGAAAAAACGGGAGAAGGCUCAGCAAGAGAUAGAGCUACGCAAAAAGAAAAUAGAAGAAGACUUGAAGAUGGUGAACAUUGAGAAUAAGUUUGCUACACACUACGAUGCAGUAGAGCAACAGCUAAAAAGUUCUACCAUCGGUCUCGUGACUCUUGAUGAGAUGAAAGCGAAACAGGAACACAUAGUGCGGGAAAGAGAGAAAAAGUUAGCGCAGAAGAAGGCAGAGAAAGAGAAGGAAAGACAAAAAGAAAUUGAAGCUAAACAGGCACAGAAAAACAAGCAGAAAAGACAGAUCCAAGCAUUAUCAUUUGAUAUGAAUGAAGAGGAAGAAGAAGACGAUGCUCAGGAAGACAGUGAAGAUUCAUCUGUUGAUGAGAAACCUCCUUUGGAAGACAAAAGUUGGAGAGACAAGGAAGAACCGCUUUACAAAAAAAUAAAGAAGAAUCCCGAUGUGGACACAUCGUUCCUACCUGACAGAGAGAGAGAAGAAGCUGAUCUUAAGUUACGAGAGGAACUGCGUCUUGAAUGGGUGAUGACACAAGCAAGUCUCAAGGAUGAACCCAUUACUGUCACAUUCAGUUACUGGGACGGCUCGGGGCAUAGACGAAAUGUUACCUUGAAGAAAGGUAAUUCCAUAUACCAGUUUUUACAAAGAUGCUUGGACACACUGCGGCCAGAGUUCAGUGAACUCAAAACAGUGUCAGCUGAUCAGCUGAUGUACGUCAAAGAGGAUCUGAUACUGCCACAUCACUAUACAUUUUAUGAUUUCAUUGUUACUAAGGCUAGAGGUAAAAGUGGGCCUCUCUUCCAAUUUGAUGCCUCUGAUGAUGUCAGGCUUGUAAAUGACGCUACGCAAGAAAAGCAGGACUCCCAUGCUGGCAAAGUGUUACUAAGAUCUUGGUAUGAAAGAAACAAACAUAUCUUCCCCGCCUCGCGAUGGGAACCCUACGACCCAACAAAGACUUACUCCAAAUACACCAUUAAAGGCAAAUGAUGAGAUACACUGAUUACUUCAUAAAGCAAUCACCUAGACAAAUAGUAAAUGCAAUAAUUUACCAACGAAUGUAAUAAAGUAUUUUAAGUUUUAGUAUA